AUGGGAUUUUCUAAAUUAAAUAUGUAUAUUAGAGUUUUGGCUUUAAUAUUGUUUUCGAUCCAGUUGGUUUAUUCCAAGAGUUAUACAAUGCCGAUAUUUCCUUAUAAUAAAUAUGCCGAUACCAUUCGAUCUAAAAUGGUCAGGGAGGUAGAUGCCAAUGAAGUUUCAAUGUUCUCAAUGAGAAUGAUUGGUGACCCUAUUGAGAUUAGAACAUACGUUUGGGUAGCAGAUCAAAGACAAGAAGUUGUUGUAGAUUCUGGAUCAAUUACGCUCAUUGUUCCAUCAGUUGCUUGUAAUACUUGCUCCCAACCAAAACCAUACUAUCGACCAUCUCCCGAUGUAGAGUUUAUUUCUUGUAAUUCCUCAGAAUGCUCACUAAGGAGUGAUUUUUGUGCAAAAACAAAAGUACAUCCAAAUGGAAUAUGUGCAACUCAAAUUCAUUAUUUAGAUAAUACUGUUAUUAAUUCAUUCCUUGUUAGAGAUAAUUUCAAGAUGGCAGAGGAUAUGGAUAAUAUCCCAAUUGUUUUUGGAUCUAUUUUCAGUCAAAUAGGAGGCAAUCCAUUAAAGUUUGGUAUAAUGGGAAUGGGAAAUACUUGUGCCAAAUGUGUAAAAUCACCAAUUGAUGCAGUUUUCGAAGAAGUUAAGAAUAUGCAAAGAACUUUUGCACUCUGGUUGGAUGAUCAGUACAGUGGUGUUAUGACUAUUGGUGAUUUAGAUCCACAGUUUAUCACAGGUUCAUUAAAGUACUCCCCACUGAUGGCAAUCGAUACCAUCCACUAUGGUUUGCUGCCAAGCUAUGCAACAAUAACCAACCCAAAUGGUGAGAGUUUGGUAUUAACUUCAAAAGAGAUUGGUGUUACUCUACUUGAUACAGGAUCUUCAUACACUUUACUUGCUGCAGAUGCUUAUGAUUCAUUUAGAAAGCAUCUAUCUCAGAAUUGUACUCUUCCGGGUUUAUGUGGAGAAAAAACUUUAUUUGAUGGUUUUUGUAUUUCUAUACCAGAUUCUGUUGUUGAAAAGUUCCCAACUAUUGAACUUGGUUUACUUGGUGAUGUCACUUUGGAAAUACCGCCACAAUCAUAUAUUGUCACUGUCUAUGAAAAUGGAAUCAAAUUCCAUUGUUUGGGUGUAAAGAAAUCGCCACUAGCCAAGAGAAGUAUUGUUGGUUUAUCAUGGCUGAGAAAUACUUAUGUUGUGUUUGAUAAAGAGCAUAAUAGAUUGGGUAUUGGUAAGAGAGCACCUAAAGAUAUCGGCACACACACGCCGCCUAAUCAAGGAAGUGAAAACUCUACUGUUACAAAGAAGCCUAGUCAUUCUGGAGUUCAACACACUAGAAACCCACACAAUGAACCUUCAAUUGAAAUCGAGAAAAUGAUCAAGAUACCAUGUAAAUUCGAUGUCAAUCACGUCUUUAAGGAAAUUGACAGAACCACUGGACUUUCAGAUUUCGAGGUGUCUAUCACCAAUAAUGGAUUCACGGAUAUUCAGGACCUAAAGAUUCUAAUGACAAACAAUCUGGUUGAAAUCAUGAACAAGCAAUACGAUUUCCAGACAUACUCGUUCAAUCCACCUCUUAACUUAUCGUCAAAGGCCCAAACCACCUUUAGAUAUCGUUCCAUAGAUAGAAAGGUAGUCAACAUUCUAUUCCCAGACAUUCCAGAGUGUAAUAAGUAUGCUUUGCAACAAGAUAAUCAGGUUCAACACCAAGAAGAUCAAUCAUUGAUGGAUCAACCACUUCAAGAGGAUAAAAAUCCGUUUGUUAUGGAGCCAGCCAUCUUGCAAGCUGACAGUACGGAAUAUUUAUUAAUACCUGAUUCACGAUCAAUUGAAGGUGAGCUUGAAGAGAUGGAGGAGAUUGCAGCACAAAAUCGACCAAGUUCACCACUAGAUCAACAAAAGCAACAACAAGAAAUUAAAGGUAUAGAUAGUGAUGUAUUGGGUCAGCCAAAACCAAUCACGAAAGUAAAGAAAAUUGAUAGUGUAUUAUCGAAUAGAAAAUUAUCUUCAACGUUUAUAGAAUGUCCAUUUGAGUAUAAUCAAAGAAAAGGUUAUGAAUGGAGAGGAUCGAAUGGAUUGACCUACAGUUUCUACGAAGUACAGCUCAUCAACAGAUCACCAUACAAUAUCACCGAUAUUAUUUUGUCGACAUUAGACGAUGUGAUGCUUGCAAUUGGAAUGGACAAGAAUAUGGAUGAAAAUGUCAAUACAGUCGUUUCAUUACCCAAAUCUCGAGUAUUGGCUGCUGGAAGUGAUUAUCGAUGGCUUUACUGCACAAGACAAGAUGAUUCUGUCACAUUCUCUGUGGUAUCAACCGGCAAUUGUAUAUCUAAUAACGCCACAUUAACCACAACACCAAAUUCUACUUCAUCACAACCAACAGCCACCCAAACUUCAAUUUGA